UUCCACUACCGGUGACUUUCUUGAGUCGAUCCCUCAGCCUCGCGAGGGUUGGGUAUCGUCAACUCACUUCAUGUUUGUCUUUCCCGGGUUUUAAUCAAGAGUAUACUUUGAAAUAAACUCAUGCGUUUGUAAUUCGACCUUUCAUACCAUUCGUCAAUCUCAACUUGGUGUAUCUCCAUGGCGCAGAAUGGAAAUAUCGUCCAGGGUGCAGUGGCAGAUGGAGUAACAGGACCUCGAAUCGUCGUAGGCAUUGAUUACGGAACUUCAAACACAGAACUCGCAUGGGCACAAACCGACGGAUCAGCCAAAAACUCCAUGGCCGACCUAGGCAGCGACCUCGUCGUCUUCAAAUUCUGGCCCGGAUCAGACAAUCCCCGCGUCCCCUCCGCAAUCUCGUACUCGCCCACGAACCCGGACACCAGACGCUCGCAAUGGGGAUGGUCGAUUGACGACGACUCGAAAGUAUUGAAGUGGACGAAACUAGAACUUGAACCGCAAAGUACGAAAGCGGAGCUGGACCAGUUGCGAGAAUUGACUAAGGGUCUGGAUUUGCUCAGGGAACUAAGAGAAAGUAAGAAUGAGGGCCUGAUGACUGAUGUCCCGCAGCAUAUCACCAAGAGCGCGGAGGAUAUCGUGCGAGAUUUCUUGACGAAGGUUUCGAGGGUUUGGUAUAAGCAUAUGAAGAGUCAGAAUCAGUUUGUGUUGGAACAGGUUCCGCUUGAUCUUGUGAUCACUCAUCCUGCUACUUGGAAAUAUGAAGCGAUGAACAAGACGUUUCGAGCAGCUAUGGGAGCUUUCCACAGCGGCAUGUUUCCAACUAUUCGAAAUGUAUCAUUUGCCUCAGAGCCAGAAUCUUGGGCUCUGUAUACCAUUCAAAAUUUACUGGCAAAAGGUCAUGAUGUUCUGAUUCCGGGAGAAUGUUUCAUUCUUUGUGACGCUGGUGGUGGAACUGUCGACUUGGUAUCCUAUCGCGUCAAUAAAGUUGACCCACUUGAGCUUCACAGAAUAGGCAACAUCACAGGAGAUAAAUGUGGUGGUACAUUCAUCGACAAAGCAUUCCUUGAUUUCCUUGCCCCACGAUUAGCAAAUCUUGACAUCGACCCAGAAACCGUCGGCACGGGUGGACACAUGGUCUUCAAACCCAGAUCAAGAGUGUUGCUUGAGCGAUUCGAGAGAAUCAAGCAUGCAUUUACAGGGACUGGGGAUGCUUCAUUGACCCUUCCCAGAGGCACAAAAGUUGUUGCUGGCUAUGAAGACAGUAUUGUCAAUGGUGUGCUUACUUUGACUGAACAAGAUCUCAAGAAGAUGUUCUCUAAGAGCGUUAAUGGCACUUUGGGCUUGCUUCAGAGGCAAAUGACGAGAGUUAUGAAUACAAAGUAUAAGGGUAUUCCAUGUCAAGUCACUAACAUCAUCAUGGCUGGUGGUUUCUCAGAGAGCGAAUACCUGUUCAACCAGGUAAAAGCUUAUGCCAACAAAGAGGCAGAUGUCGAAGUUCAAAGAGCCGAUGACUGCUGGAUCGGAAUCGUCAAAGGAGCAGUCCUCCGCGGCAUGGGCGUCGGCAUGGCACCAGCACCUGCCGUAAUCCCCUGUCCACGCCACUACGGCAUCUGCGUCUCUCACAGAUACGAAGAAUGGAACAACAUCGGCGAAAGAACCGUCGACGACAGCUUUCACGGCCAAAGAAUGGUACCCGAUCACCUCUCCUGGUUAGUUCGACAAGGAGAUGCGAUCUUGCCAUUCGAGCCUAUUCAAACGAGAUUUGGGGUACGAUGCAAAUUCACGAAACAGCAAUAUGAUUUGGGGAGUAGUGUUAGGAUAACUUUCGUGGCGUCGUCGAUUAUGGAACCACCGUCUACGAUGGCUGGUCUUUCGAGGGCUGAAAACGAAGUCAUCUAUCUCGACGUAGAAUCAACCAUGAUCCCCAAAUCAUUCCUCCAGAAACAGUCCAAAUCACGAGGCGGGUCCUACCUCACAGCCGAUCUCGAAGUCGUUUUCGAGAUCUCCGACCGAGUCUACGUAUCCGUGCAACACCACGGCGAGGUCCUUGCCAACGUCGACACGAAUCUGUAAGCGAGCAAUAAGUAAUAGCGUGUACACUUUCUCGUUAAUUUUGGCGUCAUUGGGAUUUCCCGUUAAGAAGACGAAGCCUUAUUUGCAGAUCUCUCAUGUAUAGAAGCAUUCUAAGAACAAAACUCAAUAUACCCACCCAGUCCAAUUACCC